CCACGUCGCAGGCCGGCUAUAAAAGCCUGGCCUGGGCGGCGCUGCUUCCUUUUCGUGAGCGUGCUGAGCCGGCGGGAUGGGUCCGCAAAAGGACAGAAAAUCCAAAAAGUCCACCUGGAAGUUUUGCCUUGACUUGACUCAUCCUGUUGAAGAUGGAAUCUUUGAUUCUGGGAAUUUUGAACAGUUCCUAAAGGAGAAGGUUAAGGUCAAUGGAAAAACUGGGAACUUGGGCAACACUGUUCACAUUGAACGUCUGAAGAACAAGAUCACAGUGACGUCUGAGAAGCAGUUUUCUAAAAGGUACCUGAAAUACCUCACAAAGAAGUACCUGAAGAAGAACAACCUGCGUGACUGGCUCCGUGUCGUCGCGUCUGACAAGGAGACCUAUGAGCUGCGCUACUUCCAAAUCAGCCAAGAUGAGGAAGGUUCAGAGUCUGAGGAGUAACUGAAGCAUAGCUUUAUGCUCAACACAGCGUACAAAAGGCUAGAACAUCUAUUUAUAAGAACACUUAACUUAUUGGAGAAUAAAGACUUUGUACCCUGUUUGACAGAC